CACAUAGUAUUUAAAGUAUAAGAGUUGCAAAUCGUCUUCAUCUUCGUCUUCAUUUUUCUGGAACCUUACUCUUCAUUAGUAAACAACUACAAAAGGAACAACUAUCUGCUUUCUAUUGGGUCUGCCUGGACUAGCAAAUAACAUGGCAGUCAAGCGGACGACAGCAAAUUCGACAGUAAAUUUCUCCGGGCCGGCCUCGGACAUCAUGGGUGCAUUGCAAAACGUCGUAUUACUUCCAGGUUUACAAGUGACCAUCCCAGAUCUUGAAACCCCGUACUCCAGGUUCCCCAAUACCGAUCAGUCUAUCAUUCAUCACGGCCAGCCUAAGCUCAUUAGCGCCAUCAUCAAUCAGCGCCAGCAGCAGUUGGACGAAGUCUUGCACGAGAUCUCAGGCCUGGAAACCGUUCUUCAGCAACUCGUCGAAAAGAAGGACAGGAUCACCCAGUCCAUGAAUUUACACGAGGGUCUCGGAUCGGCUCUCUGGCGCUUGCCAACAGAAGUCCUAUCCCACAUUUUCAUUUACUGUCUCCCGCAAUACGAGCAUUUGGAGCCCGAACCAGACAUAGCCCCCAUGCUACUGAUCAGAGUAUGCCGACGAUGGAGGGAGGUUGCUGUGGGUCUGCCCAGUUUAUGGUGCAGACUGUAUAUGGAACUCGACGCCAGUGACUCGCUGCGGGCAGCUUUCUGCUAUGACUCAUGGCUCAAGCGAUCCCGAGGAUGUCCACUGUCAUUAGCACUCGACUGCUACGCAACUCACUCGACCGAGCUACGAAGCCUUAUUCAGCCUUAUGUUCAUCAAAUCUUGUCUCUCUCUAUCCAUUACCCCGACAAACCGGGUCUUCUGUUAGAAGACCUGCCAGCACUUCAGGAGUUGAACAUAAUGGGGGACGAUAAUUGGCGUCCACCUGUUGCGCCAUUCAUCUCGCGACUCCCGUCCACUCUGCGCAGUCUGCGUAUUAAGGAGGCAAGGUUCAACGUCGAGGACAUAUCUUCUUUUAAUCCCAUAUGGGCCAGCCUCACAAAGGUUAACAUCAACAUAGUUCAUUCGAAUGUAUUCCUCCACUUGCUCCAGCUAUGCCCCAACCUCUCCUCGUUAACGGUUCGCGCAGAUUAUGACGGAAUACCAACCUUGGAGCCAUUCACGCACACGGCAAUUCAAUCCAUCGACAUCUCUUUUUUCCUUCGUGGCACUUUAUCUGGGCUGUUCGAUGCUCUAUCACUCCCCAAUUUACGAGUGCUUGUAGCUAGCCGUGCGCGAACAUGGCCUCAUGAGAAGUUCAAGGCAUUUUUGGUACGGUCAAAGUGUUCCCUGGAGAGCCUGACUGUCAGAGCCGGUGCUAGAGAGGAUGACGCAUGAGCAGCGUGCAGAAUGCGUUGUCCUUUGUCCCUCCCUCAAAAUAAACGUAUUUUAAUCGCCAAUCCUUUGCAUAAGCCUCACUUGUUACACACCCCGGGACAUGAUAAUAGUAGACUGGCAGUAGAUCACAGGGCAUGUAAAUACGGUACUACCUUAUGAUGAUAGUCAAUUCCGAGUCGAUCAUGUAUCAUUAUACAUUUUUGGAUGUGCUUCA